GAAAAAAGACGUCGUGAGUUUAAAUCAACAUUUACUUCUGUGAUACUCUAUGAACUCUGACACGCAAGUUAUAGAUACAACCUUUGACCUCGGUCUCAGCAAGAGAAGCGGUGUGAAGGGGUAGGAGGAAGACGGGCUGCGAAGGAGGAGCAAGAUGGCGGCUAGCAGUUGCAGUCAGUGGAGGGGAGCUGGGCCGGAGGAGAGCAGGGACAAGGAAUUUAUGCAAGGUGAUGGUGGCCCAACACAAGACGAGUAUUCCUCUGACAGCGACAUAGAUACAGAACCUGCAAAAGCUUUUCAUCGUAGGAUAUCGACCAACAAAGAAAUUAAAACUACGACUGCCAUUAAAGAAGGUUAUUUGAUGAAACAUACUAGCACUUUUCAGGGUUAUCGACGGAAAUAUUUUAAAUUAAAAGGACGUAAAUUGUACUAUGCAAAAGAUACAAAGUUUGCAAUCUUUGAUGAGAUUGACCUGUCUGACCUAAGUGUUGCUGAAUGCAGUACCAAAAACAUUAAUCAUAGUUUCCAGGUUAUUACUCCUUCUCGUAAUUUAAUAUUAUGUGCGGAAAGCAGGAAAGAAAUGGAAGACUGGAUUAUGGCAAUCAAAACUGCUAGCAGUAAGGAAUAUUAUGACGCUAAUACUGACCAUCGAGAGAGGAUGUCUGGGCAGCACAACUGGUAUGCAUGCUCUCAUGCACGACCAACCUAUUGCAACGUAUGCCAUGAUGCUUUGUCAGGCGUUACAUCUCAUGGUUUGUCCUGUGAAGUGUGUAAAUUCAAGGCGCAUAAGAAAUGUGCUGUGAAGGCCUCUUCUAAUUGUAAAUGGACGAGUUUAGCAUCUGUGGGCAAGGAAAUCAUUGAAGAUGAAGAUGGGAUACACAUGCCACAUCAAUGGCUGGAAGGGAACCUGCCUGUCAGUGCCAAGUGUAAUGUCUGUGAAAAAACCUGUGGCAGCGUUUUACGUCUACAAGAUUGGCGGUGCAUCUGGUGUCGAGCAAUGGUUCACAUCGGUUGUCGAGAAAAGAUGCCAGCAAAGUGUCCUUUUGGCCAGUGUCGAGUAUCUAUUCUACCACCAAUUGCCAUCAACAGUAUGGACUCUGAUGGGUUCUGGGAGGCAACUAGGCCUGCAGGCACCAGUCCUUUGUUAGUAUUUGUUAAUUCCAAAAGUGGAGACAACCAGGGUGUUAAGUUUUUACGGCGAUUUAAGCAGUUGUUAAAUCCUGCACAGGUCUUUGAUCUUAUGAAUGGAGGUCCAUACCCAGGUUUAAGGUUGUUUCAGAAAUUUAACCAGUUUCGAAUUUUAGUGUGUGGAGGAGAUGGAAGCAUUGGUUGGGUGUUAACAGAAAUAGAUAAGUUAGACAUACACAAGCAGUGUCAAAUUGGAGUGUUGCCAUUUGGUACUGGAAAUGAUUUAGCAAGAGUAUUAGGGUGGGGUUCAGCCUUUGAUGAUGAUACUCAGCUACAUGCUUUGUUGGAGAAGUUGGAACAUUCUCAGAUCAAGAUGCUGGAUCGAUGGAGUAUACUGACAUAUGAAGGUACCAUGCCUACACCCAGAAAAUUGUCUCAACAGUUUGAAGGUAUUGGCAUCUAUGAAGACAGUGUGGCUGACCAUUUGUCUAAAAUAUUGCAUUCCACAGACCAUACUGUUGUUAUAAGAUCUGCCAAGGUUUUAUGUGAAACUGUGAAAGAAUUUGUAUGCAAGGUUGGGCAGUCCCAAGAUGGGGAUGGAGAAAAGGCUGGAGAGACAUCAAUAUCAUCUAAAUGUAAUAUAUUAAAUGAAAAGCUGGAAAGUUUGCUGAAGACAUUAAAAGACGAAGCUCUCAUGGUGUCUGCUCAAGAAGGCUGCUUUAAAUGCACAAGUGAUGAUAAAGAUGAAGCUAGCUCUCCUGAGAGGGAUACAGUUCCAGGAGAGAUCACUGGUAUCAAGAGCACAAAAGGCAUGAUUUUCAAGCCACGAGAAGCUCUUAUGUGUCGAGCAAACAGUCUGAAGAAAGCUAUUCGACAAAUUAUUGAGCACACUGAGAAAGCUGUCGAUGAACAGAAUGCACAAACUGAAUCGCAGUGUGGCCUUAUUCAACCAGAAGCUGCACUGGACUCAAAUAUUCUCUGUGAACAAUCACAGCAGUUUCCCUCGUCCAAUUCUGUGCAAGGUUUAGAAGUUUCACAGUCUGUUCCAACGUUUGCAGUCUACACAUCUGAAUCAAAACCAGCUGCUAAUGCUCAUCCAUCUCAGUUGAAGCUUGCAGUCUCCUGUUUUGAUGUUUCUUCUGAAGCAAGUUCCAGCUGUCUUUGUGUUGAACCCUCGGGAGAAGAAUAUUCCAGGUCACCUCGAGGGCCAGCCACUCGGCGUAUCAGCAGUAUGAGCAUGUUCAACAAGUCGCACAGUGUUGGCUCAAAUCUUAGUAAAAUUCGGGAUAAGAGCCCCAUCAAAGACAUUCCACAUUCACCCACUGCAGCACAGCCCUGUCUUAUGCUGCCAGGUAUCAGCAGUUCAAUUGCUGGGCGUCUUGCAGGUGGCAGCUUUAUCAGUCAGGUGUUGUUGGCCAAUGCAGAUGCAUUAUGUGCUGCAGCUUCUCCACUCAUUGAAGAAGAUAUACAUCUUGAAGAAUAUACAGAAAAAUGUGUGAUGAAUAACUAUUUUGGAAUAGGGCUUGAUGCCAAAAUUUCUUUAGAUUUCCAUUUGAAAAGAGAAGAACAUCCAGAGAAGUGCAGGAGCAGGACCAAAAAUUUCAUGUGGUACAGUGUGCUGGGAGGUAAAGAAAUAUUGCAACGAACCUUUAAAAACCUGGACCAACGUGUCCAGCUGGAGUGUGAUGGCCAGCGUAUACCACUGCCCAGCUUACAGGGCAUUGUUAUACUGAAUAUCCCCAGUUAUAUGGGUGGUGCCAACUUUUGGGGAGGGACCAAGGAAGAUGAUAAUUUCACUGCUCCCAGCUUUGAUGACAAAAUACUAGAAGUUGUUGCAGUAUUUGGUUCUAUGCAAAUGGCUGUAUCCCGAGUGAUAGACUUACACCAUCAUCGUAUAGCACAGUGUCGGACAGUGAAGGUGACAAUUAUGGGUGAUGAAGGUGUACCAGUGCAGGUGGACGGUGAAGCCUGGAUGCAGCCACCCGGAUAUAUCCGUAUUGUACAUAAAAACAGAGCACAGAUGUUGACAAGAGAUCGGACUUUUGAAAAUGUUUUGAAAACCUGGUCAAACAAACAGAAAGUUCCCCAAGCUUCCAGUCCUGGACCAGCUCUAGUGUUGGAAGAUGAAGCUGCUCUACAUAGCUUUAUAGAAGUGUCAUCUGAAUUUAUAGAUUGUGUGAAAUCGGCUGCUAAUCAACACAGUGCUCUUGAACAAGAUCUAUAUUCCCAUUCCUCUGAAGCAUCAGAACGCCUGGAUGCUUUGUGUCUUUCAGGGAAACUUGCUGAAUCAAAUUCUUCACUGACCGAACCCUCACUGCGACCUUUACUCUCCGAUUUUAUCAAUAGCAUGAAAAUUCUUUACAAUGAAACAUACACUUUUCUACGAGAAAAGUCCCCUUCUACAUAUUGCAAUCGUGAUGCUCAAUUAAGUGGGUUACUAACAAAAUUAGGAGCUGAAAUGAGGAAAAUAGUUGAUGUCAGUAGACUUGUGAAUUUACAAACGAGUCAAGAAGAGAUGUCCACAUCAGAACAAAAACAUCGUAAGGGAGGCAAAUUCCGGCAGGUUUACAGCAAAUUGAAGGGCAAAGGUCGUGAUAAAGAACGAGACAAGAACAGUUCUCAGGCAGCUUCAACAGAUCUGAAACAUAUUGAAGACUGGAGUACAGCUGAAGUAGCAAUGUGGUUGGAGACUCUAGCUCUUGGAGAGUACCAACAGACUUUUGUAACAAAUGAAAUCCGAGGUUCAGAAUUACUGUCGUUAGAACGAAGUGAUCUCAAAGAACUUGGUGUCCACAAAGUCGGUCAUCUCAAACGUAUAAUGCAAGGCAUAAAAGAACUAAACAACAGACUGCCCAUUACAGUAGAGAAAUUAUGACAUUUCAGACUUUCAACACUAUCUCUCGUCAACAUUCACACAUAUAUAUCUUGCACACACACACACACACAUAUGCUCACACAAAAUCACUGUUUUGUCCUAUUGUUCUGUUUGGUUGUCUUCUUUCAAUUUUAGCCUCCUGCAAUGCUUGGAAUAUAUUGGGCCAAUAUUCCGUACUUUUUGAGGCUUUCAUGAUAAAUAUAUAUAAAUAUAUAUAUAUGUAUAUGUGUGUAUAUAUAUAAGUAUGUAUAUAUGCAUCUAUGAACUGACAUCCCUCUUUGUCUCUGUCUGUCUGUCUCUCCCUCUCUCUCUCUAUAUAUAUAUAUGUGUGUGUGUGUGUGUGUAUAUGUAUUUAUCUCUCUCUGAUACUUAGCAUUGUUUUUUGUGGGGGUGGGGGCUGGGUUUUUGGGUAGGGGUUAUUUUUCUUCUCCCUGCCCCCCUGUUAAUGCUGAGAAUUGAUCAAAUAUGGAAAUGAACAAAAAAAAUUUUGCUGGAGUACUUCAGCUAGCACCAUGUUAUGCCAAACUAUGAAACGCCAUGUCACAUACACCUUGUCAUGUCAUGCCACACACCACAUCAACUUACAGCCAUUCUUCAUUAAACUCUUCUCCAUGUUUCAUUCAACUUAUUCUCAACUACAGCCUCCUUCUGACAUGCUCUUCUGCUCUGUUGGCCAGCCACAAUAACAUUGACCACAUUUGUUUGUCACAAGCCCACAUGUAUGUCUGUUUGCAUAUAUAUAUAUAUAUAUAUAUAUAUAUGCACACAUUCAUACACAUCACACAUUGUGUGUAUAUAUGUGUAAGUAUGUAUAUAAAUGUGUAUGUAUUUAUAUAUUUAUGAGUUGCACUUAUUUGGUAAGUGAUUUGAUCUGUGAUUGUUUGUUGUGACUAAAAGUAUUACAUCACGCUAGAAUGAACAACAACAACAACAGCCAGAACAAUCUAAUACACUGUUACUUUCAUUUUUACUCUAUUAUUUUUUCUAUUACUAUUAAUAAUAACAAUCAUAAUAUUAAGAUAAAAGUGAUUGUUUCCAACAGAGAAUCAGUCACUUCUGUAUUAGUAUUAUUAUUAAUAUUAUUGGAAAAUAGUGAUAGGUUUCCUUUAUAUAUCCAAAACUUGGUCAUUGACUUUUACUUCAAUGUAUUCCACUGUAGCAUACAUUUAACAUGGAAAAGUUUCAACGACCAAGUUAUAAACGUAUGAUGAAAUACAUUGGUACAUAAUAUGUAUAUUAUUGUUUCUAUGUUUACAGUGAAGUGAAAAGAGAUACAGUGAAGUGAAAUGUCCCUGACCAGGUUCUGGACGUAUAAUGAAAGACUUUUGAUUCAUGAUAAUAAUACAUAUUAGUACAAAAUAAUUAUGAAGUACAAGUGAAUAUAAUAGUGUGUGCAUGUUUUAUGUGUAUAUAUAUAUAUAUGUGUGUGUGAAUGUGUAAAUGUAAAUAUAGUCAUAUAUAUAUUGCCAUGGUUAUACCAAAAUAUUUUUCUGGGUAAAUAAUUGAUUAUAUUUGUUGUAUUAUAGAAAGAUUUAGCCAGGAUUUCUGGGGAUCUAUUUGUCUUUUCUUAUUUUUUUUUUUUUUUUGUAUUUCUUCCACUGUCAUUCUUUAAUGACAUUUUGGUCAUCUUUCACCCUUCCCUCCCCACUUUUCCCACCCUCUCUGUAUUUGCUAUGAUUUGUCUGUGACAGUCUGUGCAUUAUUUAUGAAUGUGUCAGGAAUUUUAAGUUCAGUGAAAACAGGAAGAACUGCAGUAAUCCAGGACAAUUCUAGCACAUAUUGUUUUCGCUGUUGUCUAUAUAGUAAUAUUUAUCAAAACAUAGACUAAACUCAGUGUUUCAAUGAGCACUUCAUUCCCAAGUUGAGAUUUGCAGGAAUAGUUUUAACCUUCCACUGAGUGUUGCAGGGAGUAUCUUAGCGUUGAAUGGAGGCUUGCAGAAGUAUUUUAACUCUGUUUCGAUCUCUUAAUCAUGGGUUAAGUUAAAAGUAGCUGGGUCUCUUUAGGAUCCCUAUACCAAAUGGCCAGAACAACAAAUAUUACUGCAACAUAGCUGUAACAACUGCAGCUCUACUACUAAAUUUCUGCUGUAGUGUAGGGGUACAUUACAGCUGUAAUACUACUGCAACUUUGAUAGUACACUACUGUGACAUAGUUGCCACACUACUGCUCUGUUACUCUAACACUGCUCUAUUACUCUAACACUACUACAACCCAGACUUACUCUGUAGAUGAGGCCAGGCAUGGCUGAAUGAGUAAGAAGUUUGUUUUUUUAAUUCUGAGGUCCUAGGUUUCAUCUCACUGCAAGGCAUCUUCCAGAAGCAUCUUUAAUGGUGCCAGAUCAAACACAAACCUGAUUGAAAUUAGGUAGACAGAAACUAUGUGAGAGCCUGCUGCAUGGACUAUACAUGUGAUUCAGAAGGCCAGCUUUAUUAUAUUGUCACAGUAGUUUUGAUCAAGGAGUAUGUUAAAGGGACAUGUGUCUGGAAUAUUCAUCCAUUUAUUUACACUAUAUUUCAAUGAAUAAGUUUGAUUCUAUUGAUUGAACAGCUGGAAUAUUAACUGAUGAAACCAUAGACAAUCUAUUUACUUAGUCCACUGUAGUAACACUGCUCCACUAAUGCAUCUUUGCCUCACAUCAGCUGGUAGAUGAGUUCUAUUUCACCUUUGGUCUUUCUCUACAUCACCAUUGCUUACACAUGCACAUAUAUAUGUACUACUAGCUUAGCUAGAAUGUGUGCCUGGGGGCAGCCCUUCUGUAUGCCACCUCCAGACCCCACAAAAAACACAUAUUGCCUACAGCAGACCCAAAAGUGGUAACCUUUAGAAGUGCUGCCCUGUGCAAACUGCCCCCCUACACUAGUGGUAUAUAGAUAUAAAUAGAUUAUUUCAACUAUGUAUGAGAUAUCACCAUGUUGUAUGUUAGUUGUUGUUUUGCAUUAUCCACUUGUCAUGAUGACUUCAGCAAAUUUCUAACACACGCAUGUAUACAUAUUAACUAUAUGUAUAUAUAAAUUUAGCAUAAUACAAAUAUUAUAUGCAUGUCUGUAUAUGGUAAUGGAAGAGAAAGUUGAAAAUUUGCUAACAUCAUUAAAAGUAGAUGACAUAAAACAUUGCUCAACCUUCAGCAUGGCAAUACCUUACACAAAUUUGUACAUUUUGUAUAACAUUCAUAUAAGAUCAGACCAUUUUUCUGUGCGCAGACUACACUUGUUAUAUAUGGUACCUUGCCUCACUCCUAAAUACAUUAUAUAUAUCACCCUACUUCAUUUCUACAUUAAAUGACAUACAUUAAAUGUGGCACAUUGCCUCCUGGAUACACAAUCAUAUACAUACGUGUUGUCCCAAAUUUUCUAUCUUUGCAGAUUUUACAAAGGAAUCUAACCAAAGUAUCUUCUGAUGUGCUCUUCUUUCCAGCAUCUCAGGUUGCAAUCUUCAGAGAGCAAAAUAGCUAAAAUUGGUAGGGCAGCCUCUAUGCACUAGUAGACUGGUCAAUUGCCUACAGCAAUGGAUGAAUUAAUCUAACUUUGAUGUUCAAUCUUUUUGUUGUAUGUUGUAUACAUCAACACGACAUCACAUCCCCAUUCUUAUACUAUUGCAUAAAUCUUAAACUACGUGUAACUAUAGAUAUGUGCAGUGGCUUGGUUUAUAUCUAGUUAUAGACUUAUGCAGUCUGAGUAGGGAUGUGUGGUUUGGUCUAUGUGUAGCUGUAGAUGUAAGCAGUCUCCAUUAGAAAUACUUCACUCCGUCUAUGUGUGACUAUACAUACAUGAAGUCUGUGGUAGAGCUAUAUGUCUCAGUCUAUGGAUCACCAGAAAUAUAUAAUCUAAUGAUGGAUAUCUGUGAUUAAAGCUAAUAAAUACUCAUGUGAGAGAGGUAAAUAUUGACUCACCUGCCUCCUGUAGUGGAGAGAUGUUGCCAUUUAUUGAUGUGUAUCCCUAACUCUAAGCAAUUGAGAGAUAUGUCACUCCUGGAUAGAACACCAGUCCAUUGCAUGUUAUGCCUAUGGGAGGAUAUUUUUUCUUUGUUGUAAGCUAACGAAACUUUCAUCAAAAUACAAUGCCCACACUGCUUACAGCAAUGGAUUGCACCUCUACAUGGUACUUAUUUAGGAAUUGGUGAAUUAGGCUAUUGAUUGUUGAGUGUGUCUUCAUUAAGGAUACAAUAUUGUCAACACCAUACAUAACUUGAUCUUGAGGGGAGGGUCAGUAAGCUCCUAAUUUUGUUUCAGUUAGCUGCCUCAAAUAAGUUGGUUUAUUGGUUAAAAUAAGACAAUUUCUAUUCUGUGUUGUGUCAGUAUGUGUAUUUUUUUUUUUUUUUUUUGUCAGAUUACUUACAAAUGUCCAAAAUCCGUUACCAUCACCUUUCUUUUCUUUUUUAUCCCACCCAACCCCACAACUAACCACAAAAUAUCUCAGGGUACAUAAACUGUUGUUUCACUAAAUGUGUUUCUCAAUUUUGUUAUUUUACCUGUUUUUGUCUUGCUACUCUUGUUGUCACCACAUUAUUAUUAUUAAUAUUAUUAUAAAGGCAGUGAGCUGGCUGAAUCAUUACCAUAUUGGACAAAAUGCUUAGUGGCAUUUCUUCUGGUUCUCUACGUUCCGAGUUCAAAUGCCACCAAAGUCGGCUCUGCUUUUCAUCUUUUCGAGGGCAAUAAAAUAAGUACCUGUUGAGCACUAGGAUCAAUGUAAUCAACUAACACCUCCCUUAAAAUGUGCUGGCCUUGUGCCAAAAUUAGAAAGAAUUAUUAUUAUUAUUAUUUCCUCACUCAACUUUGCCUCACUAUGUUACAUAAUUCAUCUGCAUUGUGCAGAUGAUGUAUUAUCGUUGCUGCUUCUGCUUAUCUCUUUAAAAGAAGAAUAAAUAAAUUGAAAGGGAAACCUUUACACCCCCACCCCUCUACCUUGGAAACUAAUUUAAAAAAUUUUUUUCAGUUUUAGUGGUAUUGACAAAAUUUUGUGUUGGUAGACAUGCAUGCAAACCAAUGAGAAUUGUCUAUGUAAUUCAGUUAUUGUCUGAAAAGUAAGACCCAAAGAAUUGUGUAAUUUUUAGCUUCAUAAAGUGAGGAAUUAAUUAAAAAUAUGGAGAGGAAGUAUCUCACUUCAUUUGGGUUGGGGUUUGAUAAAUAUGAAAAUAUAAUCUUUCUACAAAGUUGCUCAAAUACAACUAGAUAUUUAUAACUAUAUUUGUGUAUUAGCAACUUUGUAAAAAUGUGUGUGUGAAUAAAAACUGCUGAUUUGUUUAAAGCUCUCUACUGCUUUAGGUCCUGACUCCUCUGCAGCAAGGGUCUUAACUUUCACAAAGACAUCUACCCCAUCCGACCAUGCUACAGUAUUGCCUCCAGCUUUGUGCCCAGUACUUUAUACAUCCCUCUCCAACAGGUGAAGGUCAGAUUAAGAGAUAUCAAGUUAUUAGUCUCCAUCAUUCUGGCAUUCAAAAUUUUUUUCUUAGAGAUAGCAGGAGAAUAUUUAUGGCAGAGUAUGGAACAUUUAUGGCAAUCCGCAACUUUCCAAAAUAUAGGAAGUUAAUGGAGAAUGCCUUUUACCAAGGUUUUUUCUGUCUUUUAUUAGAACCAGCCAAUUUUGCUUCAAAACUCCCCACUCAGCUGCAUCUAUUGGUCAAUUUGCAGCCAGCCAUUUGACUGUUGCUUUCGGUGUGUUCAAUCAAGGAUGAGUUGGGCUAACUUUUCUAGUUUAAAAUUAUCUAAAUUAAAACUUUCCAUUGAAAUUCCAUGUCAGUUUGGGUUUCAAUAGUAAAGCCAUUUUAUUAAAUUCUUCAUUAUUUUCAAAAUCAAUUGAAACAAAGGCAGUAUAUAAUAUGAUAAAAAGAAAGUUAAUGUUUCUGUGCUAGGCCCAUCAUAGUACAAAGAUAUCUCCCUUAGAUCCAUUACAGUAUAUGAAUGUCUUCAGUUAUUCCAUUACAGCACAAUUAGAAUGGUGUUACUAACAAGUCUAUUUAAUUAAUUAUCAAUAAGCUGAAUAACUAAGCAGAAGUGUAACGGACUUGAUGGAUUUUCUUCUUGAAACUUUGUCUCAUUUGUUUGCUUCUUAUACAAGAAAGUUGUCCUUGUCUACCUUGGUAAAUGUCUGCGUAUAUGUAUAAUAAAUAGUCACUUAAAAAAUUUAUUUCAAUUCACACAAAGGUGUUACAAAACAAAAAAAAACAAAACAUUCUCCAUGAAAAACUCAUAUCUGGAUUGUUGUUGUCAAUGAAAGAAAAAAUGUGAUGUGUAUAUGGUUGCUUCAUCACCUUUUUUUUUUAUAUGGGGUUGGGGUGGCAAGAAACUGAUUUGAUGAAUGUAUAAAUAUUGAACAGCUUAUCUUUGGUAAUUGUACAUAUAUAUUUAUAUAUAUAUAAUAUAUAUAUUUUUGAGGCAAUCAGCUUUAUUGUGUUACCAACAGCUUUUGGUUGUAUGUCACUGUCCUCUUUAAAGACCAUAAAUUAUGCUCCAAAUAGGAAAGGGCAAACACAGUAUUGUGAAGGCCUUUCCUUGCAUGAUUUUCUCUCCCCAAAAGGACAGUUGAGCAGCUAGAUUUUUUUAUCCCUUGGAUUGUAAAAUUUAACAAAGUUAAGGAAUAUAUCUUUUAUAUGUUGCAGGUGAAAUUUAUCAAGUUCUUCAGAUGAGUCACUUGGGAAUCAAUCUUUCAAUUGCUUUUUAUAAUUACCUGUCAUUAAUUUAAUGUUUGACUUUAUCUUUAUAUCAAGGUUCACUGUCAGGUUUGGCUCAUAAAGUCUGUUGAAUGUUUUUUUUGUUUUUUUUCCACAUAGUUCAGAGAUAGUUUUUUUUCACCAUUGUCCUCAACUGUGGUUUCUUUUGAAGCAAACAAGCAUAUCGCUGUUCCCUUUUGUAUAAAAAUAUUUCAUCUUUUCAUGUUUUGACUUUCUAACUUUUCAUUGUUGACCAUUUUAUUACAUUUUCUGGUCAUGUUUGGUUGUUAACUGGUGUUGAUGGCAAAGGUACAGUUGGUGGUGAUGGCUAAAGGAAUGCAUUGCAAAUCUUAACCCCUUAUUUAGAUGUAGCAAAAAUUAUAGUUUUUCUCCUGUAUCAGAUGAAAUACAAUAUAGUAGCAAUGUCUUUAUACAAUCUGGAAUGAAAUCCUACCAGGACAGAUAUAACCUUUCAUCCCCUCUCUCCUGUCAAAGUGCAUAAAUUAAAUACCAGUAAAAUAUCCUCACCAGCUCAUUUGAUUAUACCUCCUCCGAUAAAAAAGGAUAUGCCAUUGGACGAAGAACUCAAAAGUUUCUAGGUUCAAAUCUAGCGUGGGUGUUUCAUUGUAUAUUUAAACAAGAAACUUACUUCCACUUGACUCAGUUCACCUGGCUGACAGGAAAAUCAGGUACCAGUUCUUCUGGGAAUGUUACCUGAUAUGGCUCAACAAUUUCUAUCUAAAAUGAUAUUUAUAAUGCUACAAAAACCAGAACGGCCAAUCCUUAAAAACUUCAUGGGGCUUAAGAGAUAUUUACAUUUUUAAAAAGUAAUUUUCAUUCAAAGAAUUGACCCCCUAUCUAGUUGAAAGAAACCAUUAUCAUCAUCAUCAUUAUUGUGAAAGUCGGCGAGCUGGGCAAAUUGUUAGCACACUGGACAAAAUGCUUAGCAGUAUUUCAUCUGUCUUUACGUUCUGAGUUCAAAUUCUGCCAAGGUCAACUUUGCUUUUCAUCCUUUCAGGGUUGAUAAAUUAAGUACCAGUGAAACACUGGGGUUGUGUAGUUGACUAGUCCUCUCCCCACAAAUUUCAGGCCUUGUGCCUUUAGUUGAAAAGAUUAUUAUUAUUAUUAUUGUGAAGGCGUAUGGCCUAGUGGUUUAGGUGUUGCACUCACGAUCGCUAGAUCGUGGGUUCAAUUCCUGGACAAAGCAGUGCAUUGUGUUCUUUGCAAAAUACUGCAUUUCAUGUUGCUCUGCGUUCAUUUCAACAUAUGAUGUGUGGCACACUUGUACACCUGUACAGACAAUGUCGAUAUGAUUGAAAGAGUGAGCUAAUGUACUGCACAUACAUUUGAUCAUCAUAAACAAAUGAUUUGGGUAAGUUGUUCAGCAAAAACUCAACACUCAUACAUCGUCUUCGUCAGGAGAGUCCAUUAUUAUUAUUAUUAUUAUUAUUAUUAUCAUUAUUAUUAUUUAUAAAGUCCUAAUCAAGCACUGGGGUUGAUGUAAUCAACUAGCCCACUUCCCCAAAUUUCAGGCUUUGUGCCUGUAUCAUUAUUAUUAUUAUUAUUAUUAUUAUUGAGUUGACAGAAUCAUUAGCAUUCUGGGCAAAAUGCUUAGUGAUAUUUCGUCUGUCUUUAUGUUCUGAGUUCAAAUUCCACCGAGGUCAACUCUGCCUAUCAUCCCAUUCAAGAUUGAUAGGUAUAAGUACCAGUCAAACACUGGAGCUGAUGUAAUCAACUUGCCCCUCCCCUAAAAUUACUGGCUUUGUGCCAAAAUUUGAAACCAUUAUUAUUAUUAUUAAAUACAAUGACCCCUUUGUACUAUAAACCUUCCUUCUUUGCUCUUCAUUGUACCUGAUUCUGUGAAAACAUUUUGAUUUUGGAAAAUUUUGUGAUUUUUUUCAUUUCCAUGAGCUGAUCAACCACCUUCUUCUCAUCUCUGCCUCAAUUAAUCACCACUUUUUUUUUUUUUUUUUUUUUUUUUUUUUUUUGUUACUAAAAAAAAGGAAAA